GGUAUAUGUGCUUUCCCUCAAAGAAGCAGGCAAAUCUACUCGCAGAGGACUCCCCCGCGUCUAAACCCUCUACUACGCCCAAGCCCCACCCUCCCAAGGAGCAACCCGCACCCCCCGCCGCUACUGCGCCCGCUGUAACCAUGUCGUCCCCCAAGAUCGCGAUCGUCAUCUACACCAUGUACGGCCACAUCGCCAAGCUCGCCGAGGCCGUCAAGACCGGCGUCGAGUCCGCCGGCGGCGCCGCCACGAUCUACCAGAUCGCAGAGACCCUCCCCGAGGACAUCCUCAAGAAGCUCUACGCAGCCCCCAAGCCCGCCUACCCCAUCCUCGCACCCGCCGACCUCCCCCAGUUCGACGCCUUCCUCUUCGGCAUCCCCACCCGCUUCGGAAACUUCCCCGCACAGUGGAAGACCUUCUGGGACGCCACGGGCCAGCUCUGGGCGACCGGCGCCCUCUACGGCAAGUCCGCCGGCCUCUUCGUCUCCACCUCGUCCCUCGGCGGCGGCCAGGAAUCCACCGCCGUCGCCGCGCUCUCGACCCUCGCGCACCACGGCAUCGCGUACGUCCCGCUGGGGUACAAGAACACGUUUGCGCAGCUGUCGAAUUUGACGGAGGUGCAUGGGGGCUCCCCAUGGGGCGCCGGCACGCUCACCGCAGCCGACGGCUCGCGCCAGCCCUCCGCGCUCGAGCUCGAGGUCGCCACCAUCCAGGGAAAGACCUUCUACGAGCACGUCGCGCGCAAGUGAGCGCGCGCGCCUCCCGCCCUUCCGCCGCGCGUUCUCCUUGAGGACGCAUGGGAGGCGCGAGGUGAGGGAAGAUGAAAGAGGGCGGUGGCGGUAGAUUUGCGCGUUGUUGUCGUCGUCGUUGUCGUUGUUGUUGUAUACCUGAACCUGAAUGAACAGAGGGGCGAUGUGCUCU